AUGUUGGAUACUAUUGUUACUGGCGGGCAGGUUGUGACUCCGCAGGGGGUGCUGGAGGCGGACAUUGCCAUCUGGGAUGGCAGGAUCGCGGCGCUGGCGCAUCCUGGCGUGCUCUCGACUGAAGGGGCGCAGGUCGUCGACGCGUCGGGGUUGAUCGUGCUUCCGGGCGGGAUCGAACCACACACGCACAUCGGCAUUCCGGUGCCUGAGCAGUGGGCCGGUCGGCCGGAGGUGUUCACGCAGCCUCCCGAGGCGGCCACACGGGCCGCGGCGUUCGGCGGGGUCACCACUCUGCUCGACUUCGCGGGGACGCUGCCGGUCACGCCUGACGACCCUGUCUCUCCGGACCCGAUCAUGCGGCAGAUGGAGUCGCGGCAGCAGGCGUUCGCGGGCCACAGCUACAUCGAUUUCGCGUACCACUACAUACUCGCGGGCGCGGUGAGUCCGAAGACCAUCGGUGAGAUCGGAGAGGCGAUCCAGGCCGGUCAGGCCAGCUUCAAGAUCUUCACGACGUUCGGCGGUCGCGUGCCAUACGGUCACCUGCAGGCCAUCUUCGAGGAGGUGUCGAAGAACGAGGGCAUCAUGGCGGUCCACGCAGAGGACGACGACAUGGUGACCUACAUGGAGGAGAAGCUGAAGCGCGAGGGCAGGGACCAGGGUCACAACCUGCACUUGGUGCACAGCAACAUCUCCGAGGACGUCUCGUUCCGCAAGGUGAUCAGGAUGGCGGAGCACGCGGAGGUGGCGAUCUAUUUCGUCCACGUCACGGCCAAGGAGGGUGUGGCGGCUAUCGGCGAGGCCAGGGAGCGGGGUCAGCCGGUGUAUGGCGAGGCACUGCACAACUACCUCGAGUUCACCAGCGACGACUACAAGAAGCCGAACGGCACGAAAAUUCACACGUACCCGGCUAUCAAGUACGCCUCGGAUAGGGACGCGCUUCAGCUUGGGCUGAUGGACGGUCGGGUAUCCACGACGGCUACGGACGAGUACACCACGUACAAGGACGUCAAGUUCUGGGGGCAGACCAUCGAGACGGUGUGCGGAGGUCAUAACGGCAUCGAGACGAGGAUCCCAGUUGCGUUCACGAAGUUCGUUUCGCAGGGCGGCAUGUCGCUGACGCGGUUCGCGGACAUAAUCUCGACCAACGCGGCUAAGAUCCUUGGGCUGUAUCCACGGAAAGGGGUCAUUGCGCCGGGCAGCGACGCCGACCUUGUGUUCAUAGACCCGAACGUUCGCAAGACGCUCACGCUCGACGACCUCCACGCGGACUCCGACUAUAGCAUCUGGGAGGGAUUCGAGUGCGAGGGAUACCCGGUGAAGACGAUGCUGAGGGGCAAGGUGAUCGUGGAGGACGGGAGGCUGGUCGGCAACUCGUCCGACGGCGAAUGGCUGCCGCGCAAGGUGUCGCCUGAGACGCUGGCGCGACCGGUGGUCUAG